AUGGCCAACACCGCCAAUACUACCACCACCAUUACCACAUCAACCACAGGCCAAGAAGCCCGCAACUCAGAGAGCAACUCAGCCACCAAGAUGCUGCCCUACCACCCGGACACGGACAUAGAGAAGCAGCACGGCGGCGGCGCCGGCUCGCACCUCCUCAGGAACACGACGGUGCACAACAUCUCGUGGUCAGGCAUAACCGUGACCGUCACGGACCGCGAGACGAAGCAGCCCAAGACCCUGCUGGACAACGUCCAGGGCUACGUCGAGGCGGGCGAGAUCCUCGCGCUCAUGGGGCCUUCGGGCUGCGGAAAGACGACCCUCCUCAACGUCCUCUCGGGCCGCCAGCCCACCACAUCAGCCACACCCACCACCGCCGCAAACAUCACAAGCAAAGCCACCAACGCUAAAGGCCCAAAGGCGACAGGGACCGUCCGCGUCAACGGCACCGCGCCCCAGCCCGCGACCCUCCGCCGCCUGAGCCGCUUCGUGGAGCAGGAGGACGCCCUGAUCGGGUCCCUGACGGUCCGCGAGACCCUCUCCUUCGCGUCGCGGCUGUCGACGCGGCUCCCCGCGCGCGAGCGGUCCGCCCGCGUCGACGACGUCCUGUCGGCGCUGGGCCUCAGGGCGCAGGCGGGCACGCUGAUCGGCACCCCCGUGCGGCGCGGGGUGUCGGGGGGCCAGAGGCGGCGGGCGGGCGUGGGCGCGCAGCUCAUGACUUGCCCCCGGGUGCUGUUCCUCGACGAGCCGACCUCGGGGCUCGACUCGGCCGCUAGCCUUGAGGUGGUGAGGUACCUGAGGGCGGUGGCGCGGCGGGAUAACCUGGUUGUUGUGGCGAGUAUCCACCAGCCUUCCACGGCGGCGUUUAACCUGUUUGAUAAGCUCUUGCUCCUGGGAGGCGGGCAGACGCACUUCUUUGGGCCGCUGGGUGCGGUGGGGGCAUAUUACGAGUCUGUUGGGCGGGCGCUGCCUCUGCAUGUUAACCCGGCUGAGUUUUUGCUUGAGCAGGUUAGUGUUGACUUUGCCGGUGGGGAGGAGAAGGGUCCAGGAGGAGGGGAAGGCGGGGCGGCGGCGAAGGAGCGGCUGCAGGCGUCGAGGCGCGCGUGGCUGGCGAGCCCGCUGGCGGGGCAGCUGGGCAGCAUCGUCAGGUACUGCGAGACGCAGCAGCGGCAGGGCGGCGGUGAGGCGGACCUCCUCGUGGACGCGGCCGGGGAGGGCCACAGGCCCGGGUUCGCGAGCCUGGUGCUCACGCUGCUGCACCGGUCGUUCAUCAAGAGCUACCGCGACGUGAUCGCGUACGGGGUCCGGAUGGCCAUGUACUUUGGGCUGGCGGUCAUGAUGGGCACCGUGUGGGUGCGGCUCAAGACGGAGCAGGAGUACAUCCAGCCGUAUAUCAACGCCAUCUUCUUCGGCUCGGCCUUCAUGUCCUUCAUGGCAGUGGCCUACGUCCCGGCCUUCCUCGAGGACCGCCUCCAGUACGUCAAGGAGUCGAGCACGGGAUUAUACUCGUCGUCGCACCUGGUCCUGUCCAACUUCCUCAUCGGCGCGCCGCCGCUGUUCCUGAUCGCGCUGGGCUUCAGCGCCAUCUCGUACUACCUGUCCAACUUCAACCCGUCCGCGUCCGCCUUCUUCACCUGGGUCAUGUGGGUGUUCCUGGACCUGCUGGCGGCCGAGAGCCUCGUGGUCGUGGUCGGGUCGCUGGCGCCCAACUUUGUCGUCGCGCUGGCGCUGGUGGCGUUCGCGAACGGGCUGUGGAUGUGCGUCAACGGGUUCAUGGUGCAGCCGACCGUACUGAACGUGUUUUACAAGUAUGUCUUCAGCUACUGGGACUACCAGAAGUACGUGUUCGAGGGCAUGAUGGUCAACGAGUUCUCCGGGCGGAGCUACGGGUGCGGCGGGGGGUGCCGCUGCAUGUACGAGACGAACCUGGCGGCCGAGUGCCGCAUCGACGGGCAGGGGGUGCUGGACCAGUUUGGGUACCGGGAUGGGUACCUCGGGAAGAACGUCGGGAUUAUGGUUGGGAUCGUUGCUGGGUAUCGGCUUGUGGCGUGGCUUGUGCUGAUGUGGAAGAAGUGA